AACACACCGACUUCUACGCUAUAUUACUUUCAAGAGUUAUCCUACCUAAAGUAGUUUGAAAUGUAAUGUCUUUGCCUUAAUCUAUGUUUGAUAUACCUUUAUAAAAGGCCGUAUUUGUGUGAUCGCUAGUGCAAAUUCGUUGUUCUUCUGUGGUACUGUAGUUUGUUUGCAAUAUUUCGCAUGUAGCUGGCGGGAAGUGAAAAUGUUAUCAUAUAUCUCCCUUUACGAUAUUUUCAUCAAUUAGCCAAUGGAAGGUGUUUUUUAACCAGGGCGUUCCGCACUUAAUGUUUUUGAAAAUCACGGUCGAUUAAUGUGAGAAAAGUACUUACACCGGGGCUUUUUCUGGAUGGUAGCGUCCCACUGGAAGGAUCCGCUCGCUCUGACAUUACCACCACAAUGUCUCAGUCAGAGACGUGUUGCAUUUGUGGGGUGAGGUUUGUGAGGGGGCCCAAGGGUUACAACAGGAGGAAAGUCACCACGCUGACAAGCCCCAAGACCUUCCAGCUAGUCUUUGACAUCACUCCUGAUGACUCAUCCUUCCUCUGCUGGGUCUGUCUUGGUGUGCUCAGAAGGAAAACCAAGCAGGAUGGGAAGCUUUGGACUUGGUCAGAUUUGCCAACAAAAGUUGGCAGACCUCGAAAGCCCAGUGCCAAAAUACCAAGUUCAUCCACAACUUUAUCCAAUCAAACUCCAAUUAGAACCAACCCAUCUUCUUUAUCCAUAGAGGAGUGCAUUGCUUCUAAAAAAAACAAACGGAGGCCAGUUCGUCAGUGGGACGGGGAGAAAUGGACCACCAUGACUUCUCGUUCCCCAGAAUCCCAUUCAACGACCAUCAGACGACCUCCAACGCCGAUAGCCCCAACCACGCACUCUUUAACACCAUCAAAGCAAGUAAAUUCCUCAACAUUAUCAAAUCACACUUCAAAUCAGAUCAGUUCCCUGUUCUCCUUUGGAGAGCGGACAACAAAAAGACAUCCGAAGGCACCCCAAUCUACAACACACUCCACACUCCUGUCUCCGUUCCCCGUUGACGAAGGUAUAAGGCCCAAGAAGAAGAAGCUCCCUUUCUCCAAGACUAAGCAGAGCUAUGGGUUUGGACCUCAUGCCAAGGCCCUGUAUUACAUGCACAGCCACCAGCACCUGAAGGCCUUCAGGUCCUUGAUGAAGACCAAAGCUAGAGAAGCCAUGACCCUUUUCCUCGCCGAGGUCAUCGCCCAGGAGAGUAAGGUAUUGAUGAACGACCAACGUGGGCCAUUGCGUCAGCCGCUGACUGAGGCGAGUGUGAGUGGGUUUUCCUGGGACGCGGUUCUAGCGUGGGGGGAAGAAAAGGCCCCUAUGACCCUGGCAUGUCUUAGGGCCAUGUUCCCCAAACCCAACACCAUCAGGACACGGGUUAUGAUGGGAGCAAGGAAAACGAAACGCCCGAGGACAGAAGAGGACGCAGGUGAUGUAGUCAGCCAGAGGGCGGGGCUUAUCUUGGCCAUCGUCCUCUACACCUCCAUGCAGAAGUGUAACUUCAUCCAGGCCUCUCUGGGGGUCGAGUUCUGGAAACAGGGCUGUCCUCUCAGCGUGUUCAAAGCCCUCAGUGCCCUGGGGGUGUGUCCCAGUGCUGCCUCCACCAGGAGACACGCAGAGAGGCUGACAACCGGCUUUGAUCCACCUCAGCAGGACCGGACAGAGGGGGUGGAGGAGGAGCCUGGGGACUCCUUUUAUAGAUCUGAGGAUGAGAGUCUGACUCUGAGUUGUUCUGAAGAGUAUCCCAGUUCCUCCCCAACCCAGUCUCUGAACUGGUUCUCGGACCAAUCCCACUCCAGAGACGAGUCCUGGUCCGAUCAGAGUUCCAGACCUGACUCCAGACCUGACUCCAGGAGCGACGACCACCAAGGCCCUACUCAGAGGCCUGACUCCCGGGAGUACCAGAAUCUGAUCAAAGAACAUGGUUACCACAAAGUCCAGAAACCUACAUUGAGUCGAUGGGCGAAGAACAGUGAGGACAAAAGGGAGACAAAGGAAAAACCUGUUCAAAACCCCAAGAGAAGGAAGAUGACGAAAAAGAAACCUGCUCAAUCGCCUCCAGUAGUAAACGCAACUGGCGCGCACCGUUCAGACAUGGAGACUUCUCAAGUAAGUAAGGUAAACAUGGAACCCGUUCAAACGUCUCAAGUAGACAACACACACGUGGAACCCGUUCAACUCAACGAUACAAACAAGAAACCUGCUCAUAUAAGUGAGACAAAUGUACAACUUGCUCAAAUGUCUGUAAUGAGCGAGACAAACAUGGAACAAAUUAAAAUGCCCAAAAGAGGCAGGCCAAGGAAGGAACUUGCUCAAAUGUCUGUAAUGAGCGAGACAAACAUGGAACAAAUUAUAAUGCCCAAAAGAGGCAGGCCAAGGAAGGAACUUGUUCAAGUAAGUGAAACAAACAUAGAACACACUCAAACUCCACAAAUAACCGACACACACUUGGAACCUGUUCACAAGCUCAGAAGUCCAAGGAAGAAACCUGUCCAAACGCCCCAGGUAACUGACACACAAAACAAACCCAUUCAAGUAACCAAUACAGACAUUAAACUUGCUGAGACAAACAAAGAAUCUGUUGUACAGGCCAAGAAUGGGAGGCCAAAGAAGGGAUUCGUUCAAAUUCCACAAUUAACCGACACUUGCAUGGAACCCAUUCCGGUAAGCGAGGUAAACGCGGACACCACUUUAAUGCCCAGUAGCAUGAGAUCAAGGAAGAGACCCAGACGAGUUCCCCAAGUAUCCGGCACAAACCAGGAACAAACUCAAAUGCCCAAAAUAACCAAAACCAACAAGGAAUCCUUCAAAAUGCUUCAGAAAAUGGACACACACAUGGCACCUGCUGUAACAUCUAAAAGAGGGAGGACAAGGAAGGGACCAAUUGAAAUGUCCCAAGAAACCGACUUACACACAGAAGCCGGUCUAAUGCCUCAAGCUGGUGAAAUGAAUCAGCAACGUAUCGAAGGACGGGAAAUAAAUAAAGAACCCGCUGAACCCCAAAAACUCACUGGAAAGCCUAAAGUAAAUCAGACAAAGAAAGUACCUGCAAAGACACCUGAAGAACUAGAUCAAAUUAAAUUUAUUACAAAGCGCAAAAGAGGCAGGCCAAGGAAAGAACUUGCUCAAGUAAUCAACACAAGCAAGGAAACCCCUUCAAUGCAUAAAAUAAGCAAAACAGGCAAAGAACCUGCUCUUACCCGGGAAAUAAAAAUUAUUGUCAAUAGGAUGGAAAGCUGUAGUGCUGCUGAAAUGCCCCAAAUACGUGAGAUGAACAAUGAACCUGUUCAAGUAAGUGUGGAAAACUUUGAACCUGUUCAAAGACUGAGUGGGAGGUCAAUGGAGGGACUCGUUCAAAUGCCCCAAUUAAGCUGCACGGACAUGGAACCUGGUAAGUUAGGCAGGACCAUCAUUGAAACUACUUCAACGGCAGAAAGUACUGACAAAGAAUCCGUUCAAAGGCCUCAAGCAAACGAAACAAAUGCAGAACUUGCUCAAACGUCUCAGAUAAUGGAAACGAUAAAGGAACACAUUCAAGUAACCAACACAGACAAGGAAACCGCUUCCGUGCCCAGAAGAAGCUGCACAGACACGGAACUUGCUAAAAGGUACAAAAUGAGUGACUUUCAGACCCGGGUAAUAAGAAUAGUUGACACUAGGAUGAGGGCAAACAAAGAAUCUGUUUCAAUGCCUCAAGUACACGACACAAACCAGGACCCUGAACCUGCUGCAACACCUGAAAUAAGCGACACAAACGAUCAAUCCACGCGAGUGAUCAGAAUAGUUGUUAACAGGAGGAUACCGGCAGACAUAUGUAGUCACACCCGGAAAAGCCUGGAGUGUCUGGCUGAGGUAGCGGCCAAAUGUGCUCCAUUAGAUGUUCAAUCUGCCGAAGAGGAUGGAUAGAUAGGUAGACGCAUGUUACUUAUCAUUAUAACAAACUUCACAACAUGACGUCUCAGAAAGAAAAAAAAUUCUGAAAGGGUAUAACCCUAACCUGAGGGGUGGGGAAUAGUCUGCAAUCAAAUGUCUUCUGUUUUCGUUUUACUGUAAUUGUACAUACCAGGCCUUUGUCUUAGCAAUUGUCUUCUCCACCUUGUUCAUUUGAUAUGUACAUAAUCCCAGCAACAGUGUUUUUGUCAUUGUGUCCACUGUGGAUUUAGUGUAUUUGUUAAUCUUAUCCCAUUUUGUAUUUAGUUGUUCUGGUUGUACUUCUGUGUUUGUUGACAAUGUAAUAAAAUGUUGUGUUUUGUACUAAGGGAAUUACUGCAGUCUUAGUAUCCAUGCUAAUUUCAGGGUAUUUGUUUUCGUUACACUUACAAAUGUUAUUUGACUAAAAGCAAAGACUAAACCAAAACAGAUUUGCCCACUAAUCUUUAAAUUGGUAGGAAACAACCACAGUGUUUAUCUUGACUCAAGGCUUUUCCUUUCAUACUGUUUUUGAUGUAUACAUUCUUGCAAUAAUAUCCUGUGAUAAUUUUGUGUAUAUUACUGUUGUCUCAUGUAAAAACGAAGCUCACAGAAUAAACAGUACAAUUGUA